GUGUACUCCAUGUCUCAGUCAUUUCACAUCUCUCCUUUUUAGGCCAAACAACACAUCCACCACCCCGGCAUCCCCCCCUAAAAAUAGAAGCAGCAGCAUACAAUUCCCCCACAACCAUCACAAACAGAUGAUGAAGCUGCUGCUCUCCCAGCAUCUUCCCAAUCACCAGAUGGACCUAUGAGAGCCAGCACAAGCAACUGUUGGCUACCACCACCACCGAACUCUCAAGCCAACCUCAAUCGUCAUUUGGGUUUGCCCAGUAAUUCCGAGAGCGCCUAACCAAGAUCAGCUGCCAACACCACCAAAGCUAGCUGAUCCAUGGACCUGUCGGCGAACCCGGACAGCCCUCUGUCUGGAGGGGGCAACGGCGGCGGCUCCUCGAGCAGCAUCACCUCGCUUUCUGUGGUCUCUGGGGGCACUUCGCAGUCGCCGAGCAGGUACGAGGCGCAGAAGCGGCGCGACUGGAACACGUUCGGGCAGUACCUGCGGAACCACCGCCCGCCGCUGAGCCUGGCGCAGUGCAGCGGCGCGCACGUCCUGGAGUUCCUGCGCUACCUUGACCAGUUCGGCAAGACCAAGGUGCACGCCGCGGCCUGCCCCUUCUUUGGCCACCCGAGCCCGCCGGCACCCUGCCCGUGCCCGCUCCGCCAGGCCUGGGGCAGCCUGGACGCCCUUGUCGGCCGCCUCCGCGCCGCCUACGAGGAGAACGGAGGCAGCCCCGAGUCCAACCCCUUUGCAGCGCGCGCCGUCCGCCUCUACCUCCGCGAGGUACGCGAGCACCAGGCCCGCGCCCGCGGCGUCAGCUACGAGAAGAAGAAGCGCAAGAAGCCGCAGCAGCUGACCGGCGACAGCAGCGGCAGCUUCUGCAGCAACCAGCACCAGCCCCCUCCCGGCCCGCCUCCCGCCGCCGGCUGCUGAGCUGAUCGACGACCACGACCCGCGCGCUCCAAUGCCGGUGGUCGAUCGAUCUCCUAUUUGGCCGGUAUGCCAGAUAUAUUUUAUGUGCGCUCGCGUACGCAUGCAUGCGCGCGCAUGGUUAUGCCUUUGCACUUCUCAUCUGUAGUGUGUGUGUGUGUGUGUAUCAGCUAGUACUGUCAGUUGUCGUCGUGUUUCGAUCUAGUUGGCUUUAAUUAGCUCGGGUUAAGUUCUAGUCAAGUUUAUUGUUGCUAGUUUAAUUUGCUUUCAUGUAGCUAGGAUCGAGUGGAGUAAAAUGAUUUGCUCUAGUGUGAAGUGAGGGGGGGCAUGCAUGCAGUGAGAGAUACUACAUAUAUGGAGAUCUCUCUUGCUACAGCUAGCUGCAUGCAUGUAUAUGUGUGGUUCGUGCAAGAUUGUAAGUCUGUACGUAGUGCAGUGUCCGUUCUGCGGUCUGCGCAUCAUGUGUCAACUCGAUCUAGCGUCGCUUAUUGUUUCU